AGACCCAGACACCGCCGAUCCCCGAAACCCUUCUCCCUCGCGUCGUUCCGCCGCCGCCGCCGUCGUCCAGGGCGAAGCUUGCGUAGAGAUAGCGGCGACGAUGAUGGCGGAGGAGGGGACGCAGCAGCUGCCGUACGUGCGGGAGACGGUGCUGAAGAAGCGGAAGGUGAACGAGGACUGGGCGGUCAAGAACCGGGAGCGGAAGGCGGCCAAGAGGCAGCGCCGCCGCGACGACGGCAAGGGCGCCAUCAAGAGGCCCGAGGACUUCGUCAGGGAGUUCCGCAACAAGGAGCUCGACUUCGUCCGGAUGAAGACCCGCCUCAAGGUCCGCAAGCUCCCCCCCGCCGAGACCCUCAACUCCAAGCUCGUCUUCGCGAUUCGCAUCCCUGGCACAAUGGACUUGCAUCCACACAUGAGGAGGAUUUUGCGCAAGCUGCGGCUGACGCAGGUCCUCACCGGCGUGUUCCUCAAGGCCACUGACGCUACUAUGAAGAGGCUUCUUGUUGUGGAGCCGUUUAUCACUUAUGGGUUCCCAAAUUUGAAGAAUGUGAAGGAUCUUAUUUACAAGAAGGGCCGUGGGUUCCUGGACAAGGAACCUUUCCCUCUUACCAGCAAUGAUCUCAUUGAGAAGGCUCUGGGAGAAUAUGGCAUCAUAUGUUUGGAAGAUCUUGUGCAUGAAAUCGCAUCAGUUGGCCCACACUUCAGAGAAGCUUCAAAUUUCCUCAUGCCCUUCAAGCUCAAGUGUCCAGAGAGGAGGUUGCAGAUGAAGAAGAAACCCUUCAAGGAUGGUGGUGACUCAGGGAACCGCGAAGAUAAAAUCAAUGAAUUAAUUGAGAAGUUGAAUUAGUGCAGAACCUAUGCCCAGUCGUAAUUCAUGUGCAAGGGAUGGAUCCGUUAUACCUUGUCAGUUUUGUAAUAGCCUAGCCGAUUGUACCUUUAUUUCUGAAAGCUUAAUAGAGUGUUCAUGCUCAGAUUAUGAAAUAGCAGAAUCUGUUUUCCUACCCGCCUUCUCGUUCUUAGUUUUGAUGAAGUGAUUCUACUGAAUCUAGCUUUUGAGAACCUCUCUGACCAAGUAACUUGAGUUGGAAGGUACUACGGCAUAUUGUGAUGAAAAUGUUUCCGCCUUACUGAAACUUGUUGCUGAUUAUAUCUGACCCAAGUGGUUUGAGAUGUAAAGGUUCUCGUUA